AUGCAGCCUUGUACCAGGGCAGAGUCGCCCCUCAGCUUAUCCGGCCAAUGGAAGGAGUGCCUCUCCAUUCACGUUGGGCAGGCCGGCGUCCAGAUCGGGGAGGCUUGCUGGGAGCUUUACUGCCUGGAACACGAAAUCCAGCCCGACGGCACCAUUCCCGACAGGAAACAGCGGGACCCGCUGGAAGACGCUGACACGGAGGAGCAAGCCAACGCGUCCUUCGAUACCUUCUUUUGCGAGACGAGAGCUGGGAAGCAUGUGCCCAGGGCACUCUUCGUGGACUUGGAACCAACGGUUGUAGAUGGGAUCCGGGCCGGGAGGUACCGCACCCUCUUCCACCCCGAGCAGCUGCUCAGCGGGAAGGAGGAUGCGGCCAACAACUAUGCACGAGGCCGCUACUCUGUGGGGUCCGGGGUCAUCGACCUGGUGCUGGAGAGGACCCGGAAGCUGGCAAAACAGUGCAGCGGGCUGCAGGGGUUUUUGAUUUUCCGGAGCUUCGGAGGAGGCACUGGGUCGGGGCUCACGUCGCUGCUGGUGGAGCGGCUGUCGGUGGAGUUCGGCAGGAAGACGAAGCUGGAGUUCUCCGUGCACCCGGCCCCCAGGGUGUCCACGGCCGUGGUGGAGCCGUACAACGCGGUCCUCACCACGCAUUCCACCCUGGAGCACGCGGACUGCACCUUCCUGGUGGACAACGAGGCCGUCUACGACGUGUGCCACCGAAAGCUGGGCGUGGAGCGCCCCUCUUAUGCCAGCAUCAACAGGCUGCUGGCCCAGGCGGCGUCGGCCGUCACCGCGUCCCUGCGGUUUCAGGGCCCCUUGAACGUGGACCUCGUGGAGUUCCAGACCAACCUGGUGCCUUUCCCGAGGGUGCACUUCCCCGUGACGGCCCUCGCCCCCGUGGUCUCCGCCGACAGGGCCUUCCACGAGCCCCUGUCCGUGGCGGACAUCACCGCCGCCUGCUUCGAGCCCUCCGGCCACCUGGUCAGGUGCGACCCCCGGCGCGGGAGGUACAUGGCCUGCUGCCUGCUCUACCGAGGGGACGUGGCCCCCAGGGAGGUGAACGCCGCCAUCGCGGCCGUGAAGGCCAGGGACUCCGUGCGGUUUGUGGACUGGUGUCCCACUGGCUUCAAGGUGGGCAUCAACUCCCAGCCGCCCAGGGCGACGCCGGGAGGGGACCUGGCCCCGGUGCGGCGGGCCGUGUGCACGCUGAGCAACAGCACGGCCGUGGUGGAGGCCUGGGCCCGCCUGGACCACAGGUUUGACCUCAUGUACGCCAAGAGGGCCUUUCUGCACUGGUACCUCAGGGAGGGCAUGGAGGAAGGGGAGUUCUCCGAGGCCCGGGAAGACCUGGCAGCCCUGGAGCAGGACUACAGGGAGGUGGGGCAGAGCUUGUCUUGCAAGGACGGCUGGCGGGAAGGGAGAAGGUAGCCUGUCCUGCCUUCCUCUCGAGCCAUGGCACGCUCAGCAGGCAGAGCUUCCCCUGUGGUUAGAAGAAAAACAGAACCGGGUCCGGCGAGCCCCUCAGUUCCACGCGCUAAGUUCAUUGGGUCGGCGGUGCCAGCCACGAACACACGUGUCCUGCUCGGCCGCGGGAGUCUCCUCUGCCGCCCAGCAGCCUGCGGAGGCCUGGAGUCACGUCUAGGGCCGGCUUUUGUCUCCGUCUUUUUGUCAGAAUGAAAACCUAGAUUUACU